AAGUCGUCGAUCGGUCACUUUCUCGCAGUACGGUAUCGUCAGUCUCGUCAACAGAGUGUACGUUGUGUUAGUUGUUUCGAGUUCGGCGCUACUCUUAGCAAAAACUAAUUACAUUGCUAAGCAAUACUGCAGAAUCAGUACCUAUUCUACAAUGGAAGUUGAAAUUCUUGAUGCGAAAAAUUCAAAAUCGCUGGGAAAGUGCCGCGUAGAAAGCGGCACCACUAUCAAGGCACUUAAAAAUGAAGUACAAAAGCUGAAGAAAUCCCUCAACAUCGAUCGACAAGCGCUUCGAUUGGAACCCCGUGGCAAAACGCUGAAAGACUCUGAUACCUUGCAAUCACUCAGCAUCUCCGGGGGAAAAUUGUACGUGAAAGAUCUUGGUCCACAAAUUAGUUGGAAGGGGGUGUUCCUGGCGGAAUAUGCAGGCCCUAUUUUAGUGUAUAUGCUGUUUUAUUUGCGUCCAUCCCUAAUCUACGGAAAUGUCGUUCCCAAAGCGAUGAGCCUGACAGCAAACAUUGCUGCUGUGUGUUGGACUUCCCACUAUGCCAAACGAUUGCUGGAGACGUUAUUCGUUCAUCGAUUUUCUCAUGCUACUAUGCCACUACGCAAUCUAUUCAAGAAUUGCUCCUACUACUGGGCCUUCGCCGGUUACGUUGCUUAUCACGUGAACCAUCCGUUGUUCACUGAACCGAGCGCUGUAGUUCUUUACGCUGGACUGGCAGGAUUCAUUGUAAGCGAAUUGGGCAACUUUUCAAUCCACAUUCUGUUGAGAAAUCUCAGACCAGCUGGAUCCACUGUCCGCAAGAUUCCUAUUCCAGAUAGCAAUCCACUUACGCAACUGUUCAAUUUCGUUUCCUGCCCAAAUUACACAUACGAAUUUCUCUCCUGGUUGUCAUUCUCGGCGAUGACAUCCUGUAUACCUGCGCUUAUCUUCGCUGCUGCCGGUAUGUACCAAAUGACGGUUUGGGCGAUCGGCAAACACCGGAACUACAAGAAGGAAUUCAAGGAUUACCCUAAGUGCAGGAAGGCUAUCGUCCCAUUCGUUAUCUAGGCUUGUUCGGAAAAAAAUGCCAUUUUUUCGGCUUUAGCUUAAGUCUUCGGUAGGCUGAUAAACCGACACCUCAACGAAGUUUGCCAGCACUUGUUGAAAUUAUUGUCCUUUUUGGUAGAUGGUUUUCGUUUUGUUCUUUUAAGUUUGCAGAUAACCAAGUUCGACACAUUCAUGGUAAAUAUUUUAAGGAUGUGGGAAUUCGAUCAACAUUAAAUGUUGGGAUAACAAUUGCAUGGUUCCGUAAAUUAUGGAAUGAUUUCUAUCAGCCGAUGGUUUUUGUAUAUCCUAGAGAUUAAAUACAUUAAUACGGUUUGAAACAGUA